GAUUUUAUAAACAAUUAUACGCCGCCAGUCACAAACAAGUUGCCUUGAGCCAACGACGCGGGGACGGCGCAAUGGAAAAAUUCCUUGGGAAAAAAUACAAACUGGUCUCUUCGGAGAACUUCGACGAAUAUCUCAAGUUCAUACAGGUCGGUUUCCUGUCCCGCAAAGCUGCGCAGGCGGCGUCGCCUGUGUCGUUUCUGGAGCGCAACGCUGACGGCAGCUACACGUUUUCCGUGACGUCACCCAUCAAAUCCAGCAUCGUCACCUUUAGGGAGGGCGAGGAGUUUGUUGAGAACAGACUCGAUGGAGCCAAGGUGAAGACGACUGUAACCAUAGAAGGAAAUAAACUGACUCAGAAACAAGUAGAAGAUAACGGGAGGAUAACAACCAACUUGAGGGAGUUCACGCCAGAGUUCUUGGUCGUGACGACCACAGCUGAAGGUUGGGACGGCAAAUGUGUGAGAACUUACAAAGUGAUUGAGUGAAUGUGUAUGUGUACCAAAAGCUAAAUGUCGAAUGUGUAAUUAUGGUACCAAAUAAUUUUAUGGCACCACAUGAUCAAUGUCGAACUAUUGGUUUUUCGUUUUAAGAAUAUUUUAAGACUAGUUUUGGGUAAAAUACGAGUUUGGAACUGAACAAAUAUGCCAAAAAAAGAAAAUUCCUGUAUUAUGUGAUAUGAGUACUACUACUACU